UCGUGGUCUUCCACUGUCAUUCAUGUACGUAUAUUCGUCCUCUGUGAUCUCCCCUUCCAAAAACCAAACCUCCCUUUCGCCUUCGAGCUCCAUCAAUGGCGAAACUCUCUUACGCUCCCAUUUUAUCGCUUAUCCCUGAUUAACCAACCCACUCAUCCUUAUUCCAAUCCGGGAAUACCUAUUCCACACCUAUUCCCAUUUUUAUCCUCAACAUGUCUCUCCGAGCACUCAGAAUAACCCACUUAUUCCCCCCUCCGAAACCCUACCACUUCAUCUUCAACCUCCGCUCCAUCUCCUCCUCCUCCUCCUCCUCUUCCCCUUUCGAGCCCUCCCUCUCCUCCAACCCCCACGCACGCCACCUGUUCGACCUAUUCUCCCAACCGCGCCACCUCCGCGACGCCGCCGAGCUCGGCCGCGCCGGGCGCCUCCUCUCCGGCCAGACAGCCGAGCUCGUCCUCGGGAGCUUGGCGGGGUGGCGCGCCGCUGACGAGUUCUUCCGCUGGGCCGCGUGGCAGCCCGGGUUCCACCACACCUGCUACACCUACAACGCCAUGGCCCACGCCCUCUCCCGCGCGCGCCAGCCCGGGCGCCUCAAAACCCUAGCCGCCGAGGUCGUCGCUCGCCGCUGCCCCAUGACCCCCGGCGCGAUGGGGUUCCUAAUCCGGUGCCUCGGCACUCUCAGCUUAGUCGAAGAGGCUGAACAUGUGUUCGAUCACGCUGGGGAUUUGAACUGCGUGCCGAAUUCGUAUACGUACAAUUGUUUGCUCGAGGUGUUGGGUAAGGCCGGGCGAGUUGAGUCGUCGGAAGCGAGGCUUCGGGAGAUGAUGCAAGGGUUAGGGAGAGAGCCGGAUAAGUAUACGCUUACUUCGGUCUUGCAAUGCUAUUGCAAUGCUGGGAAAUUCGAUGCUGUGUUGAAAACUUUUAAUAACAUGAAUGAGAGAGGAUGGGUGGAUGAGCAUGUACUAACAGUCCUAAUUGUCACGUUCUGUAAAUGGGGAAAGGUGGAGAGUGUCUUCGAACUGUUUGAUAGAAUGACCGAGAGAGGAGUGAAGCCCAGUGAAAGAACAUUUAGUGUUUUAAUUCACGGUUUUGUGAGGCAGGGGAGGUUGGAUAAAGCAGUAGAGAUGUUCGAUAAAAUGAAAGACUCGGGUUUUAUUGGGGAUUUGCGGAUUUAUAGUGUUUUGAUUGAAGGGUUGUGUGAGGGGAAGGAUCUAAGAAGGGCUUUGGAUUUGUACAUGGAUAUGAAGAGGCAGGGUAUUUCUCCAGAUGUUCGAUUGCUCAAGAAGAUGAUCUCAGCUUUUUGUGGGGAAAAUGACUUGGUCGGCAUAGGCCGGUUGUUUGAGGAAAACAAGGAGAUUCUGAGUUCUAGUAGUUGUGUCGCCCUUUUUAAUGCAAUUCUUGAUGGACUUGUUAAUCAAGGUGAUGUAGAUAGAGCUCAUAGCUUAUUAAGGGUUAUGAUAGAAUCUGUAGGCACGGAAGUCCCUUCAUCAACCAUGGAGGAGCCAAAGAUAGGCGAGAAUGAAGCUACAUUGGAGAACUUAUUUAAUGUCAAGAGAGCUGUUAUCCCAAAUUCUGAUUCUUUUAAUAUUGUUAUUUGUGGUUUAUGCGAAGUUAAAAAGCUGGAUAUGGCAUUAACUCUUGUGAAUGAUAUGGUUGGAUUAGGACGCAAAGGAAAGCUUUUGAUGUUUAAUAAUUUGAUCCUCGAGCUCUGUACUGUAAAUAGAUUGGAUGAAGCCUAUGAGAUUUUUGGCAAGAUGAAGGAAUUGGGAAUUGUACCUACUGAGUUUACAUAUAAUUCUUUAUUUUACGGGCUUUGCAGAAGGAAGGAUUCAAUAGCUGCUCUUGACCUCCUAAGGGAGAUGAGAAGUGAAGGGCGUGUACCAUGGAUAAAGCAUUGCACCACUAUGGUAAAGGAACUCUGUAUGAAUGGAGAAGUAGCCAAAGCUUCAGAGUUUCUAAGUGACUUGCUCAAAGUGGGUUUUAUUCCUGACCUUGUUGCUUAUUCUGCAGCUAUUGAUGGUAUGUGCAAGAAUGGGGAAGUCGAUAAGGCUCUCGCACUCUUUCGUGACAUCUCUUCAAAUUUUUAUCUUCCCGAUGUAGUUGCUCACAAUAUUAUAAUUAAUGGGUUGUGUAAAGCUGGUAGAUUGACUGAAGCACAAGAUAUUCUACAAAACAUGCUUGUGAAGGGGCUCAUUCCUUCUGUUGUCACCUAUAAUCUUAUGAUCGAUAAUUGGUGCAGGGCUGACAAGAUUGAAGGGGCACUUGCUUUCUUUCAUAAAAUGAUUGAUGAAGAAAGGGCGCCUACGGUCGUCACUUACACAAGCUUAAUAGAUGGAUUGUGUAGCGCCGGAAGAGCUGAAGAUGCUCUUGUUAUAUGGGAUGCAAUGAGGCACAAGGGUUGUUUUCCAAACAAUAUAACUUAUACGGCUCUCAUUCAUGGUCUGUGCAAAUGUGCUAGGCCGGAUGUAGCACUUAAUUAUUAUAAUGAGAUGGUGGAGAGAGGGAUUGAGCUUGAUAAAAAUGUACAUUUAUUGCUAAUAAAUUCCUUGAUUUUGAAAGGUAAUACAACAAAAGCAUUUGAGCUUUUGAAAGAGAUUCUCAGUAACAACUUUCAUUCCACUAGUCCUAAGCAAUUUGAACUAAUGAAGAAAGCUGUUGGCAAGUUGUACCGAGAUGAAUGUACUUAUUUAGAUACCAGGAUGCUCAUUGAGAAAGGUUCUGUGCCAAUGAUUGACAGCAUAAGUGACAUAUUGGAGGAUGUGAAGAAAUGAUGUAUACUGUUUGGGUGAAUAUAGAAAAUUUUAUCAAAGCUUUCAGAAGUAUCUUAUGUUUGCCUAGAUGAUCGGAAAAGGCGCAUGGUUUUUUGCUUGCAAGCCACUCCCAUAACACAUUUUCUGAAUCCAGCUUUCAGAAAUGUGUAUAUUUGCUUCAGGAACUCUCUCUGUAUGAAGCUUUCUCUUUCCAUCCAGAACCGAGGUUGCUGCUGAAAUGCAGUAAUGGUGUGAAAGUUAAGGCUUCCCAUAGUUCUCGACUGGAAAGGGAUACUGUGCAGAGAAGAUUGGGGAUUAAAGAAGAAAAA